AUGCCCGUGCGCGGCUGGUGGCCCGACAAGCUCAGGCCCAGGUCCAAGGCCAGGCCCUCCGCCUCCGCGGCCUCCUCCCCGCGCAAGUCCGUCGACCUCGACUACCCGUCCCCCUCGCCCACGCCGCGGGCCAGGGAGAAGACCCGCAGCCUCGACGCGCCGGCCGCGCGCCAUGGCAGGUGCGGCGGGGACCUGCAGCACUACAAGCUCCCCGUGCCCGCGAGCGACCCAGGACCGGACGCCCUCGCCGCGGGGCCUCCCUGCGAGGACGCCACGGCCGGAGACGGCUCCUCCUCGUCCGGGUCCAGCUCGUGCUCCUCUUCCCCAGAGGACGCGCCGGAUCACCACGCUUCUAAUUCCAGGUCCAUGGAUCCGGUUGCGUUUGCCAAGGGAACAAAUACGCCAUCCGACUCACCGAUGAUCCUAAACGAAGACAGCCACUACAUGUCUCGUAGCAUGCCGCGUGAGCAUCAGAAGUUCUUUGAGGUUCCUUUCUCUAACGUGAGGGAACUCCAUUCGCACAGCGAUGACCCUUCAACCAGUGAAGCCAGUUCGCGUAGCAGGGUGUGGUCUGAGGAUAUAUUUGAUUCAAGAACGGGAAGCCCUUCCCCUGGCCCAAAAGGCCAUAACUUUGCUAUGAGUAAUGCACAUGCAAGAGAAUUCGGAUUUAGCCCGAGGUCACCAUUGAAAACAAUCAACUGUAUGAGGAGCCCGCCUCAUCCAUUGCCACUUCCUCCAGCUUCCGGUGCCUGCUCACCUCUAACUCCAUCUCCCACUGCCUGCUCGCCUCUUCCUCCAUCUCCAACUGCUUGUUCGCCUCUUCCUUCAUCUCCCACUUCUUGCUUGCAAUUCCAAUCACAGUGGAGAAAGGGGAAAUUAUUGGGGAGUGGUACAUUUGGCCAGGUUUAUCUUGGAUUCAACAGUGAAAAUGGGCAGUUUUGCGCGAUUAAGGAAGUACAAGUUAUUUCAGACGAUCCACAUUCGAAAGAACGACUCAAACAAUUGAAUCAGGAGAUUGAUAUUCUUAAGCAACCAUCACACCCAAACAUUGUGCAAUACUAUGGAAGUGAGAUGACUGAGGACACGCUUUCGAUUUACCUUGAGUAUGUUUCGGGGGGCUCAAUUCACAAGUUACUUAGGGACUAUGGCCCUUUUAAGGAACCAGUGAUUCGCAAUUAUACCUGUCAAAUUCUCUCUGGUCUUGCGUAUUUACAUGGGAAGAACACUGUCCACAGAGAUAUUAAAGGAGCAAACAUACUUGUUGGCCCCAAUGGCGAAGUUAAACUUGCUGACUUUGGCAUGGCUAAGCAUAUAUCAUCCUUCGCUGAAAUACGCUCUUUCAAAGGAAGUCCUUACUGGAUGGCUCCUGAGGUCAUUAUGAACAGUAAAGGUUACAAUCUAGCUGUUGACAUUUGGAGUUUGGGGUGUACAAUUAUUGAAAUGGCAACGGCAAGACCUCCUUGGCACCAGUAUGAAGGGGUAGCUGCAAUAUUUAAGAUCGCAAACAGUAAAGAUAUUCCUGAAAUUCCAGAUAUUUUUUCCGAGGAUGGGAAAAGUUUCUUGAAACUGUGCUUAAAACGUGAUCCAGCAUCUCGCGCCUCUGCAAGUCAGCUGUUGGACCAUCCUUUUGUUCAGGACCAUCCAGCAGUAAGAGCAGCAAAAUCCAGUGCAUUGAGAAAUGCAUUUUCUGCUCCAAUAGAUGUGAAGCAUAAAGUGUCUAACAGGGAGCUUCCAUCACGGAGAAGUAUUGCUCCCCUCAGGGAUAUAGGUGUGAGUGCGAGAGAUUUUACCGGAUUUUCCACAACCGUUCCAUCACCACGCACCUCCUGCCCUGUUCUUGUGAGAACAAACAUGUCACUACCUGUGUCCCCAUCCUCAAGCCCUAUGAGGCAAUUCAAGCAGUCUAACUGGAGCUGCCUGCCAUCUCCGCCCCACCCAAUGCUCUCGCCUGGUGCUUCAUCAAGCUACGCGCUGAAUCAGGCACGACGAAGUCCAGCAAUUUCAGACCCUUGGCAGGACGUCGGCCCCUUGAGACUCCAAAGUCCCUACGGUUCUCCAAAGAGGUUCUAAGCGUCUUUCAUGGAGGUUCAGCAUGAAAAGUGCUCUCAUGACAUGGUAGAUUCUCAGAGAUGUUCCUGUCAGCAACCCCUUGUAACUUUGUGUUGCUACACGCUGAUUUACUGUAUAGUUGAAAAGGGUUCUCGAGGAAAGAAGACAUACAGGAAGUGCUGUAUAUAGUAUAUUUAUAGGUCAUUGUCGCUUCUGCUAUAUAAAUCACGAUGUAAAGCGAUACGAAGUUGUAUAAGAACAUGGGCUGUAAAUUUGCCAGCCUGUGCAGGCUCACAGCAGUACUUAUGAAGGAUUUUUGACUUC